CUGUUUUCUCCACCGAAAAUCAUACUGUGACCAUAAGUGUAAUUUGGUUUUUGUCUCGUUGAUCUACACUACAUAUCAAUUCCUAGUUAAAAUUACACUGAUUAAUAGAAAAUUGAAUAUAUAUAAACUCGAAGUCGAUUUUUAAAAAAUGUAUAUCUAGUGAACUCAAGUAUCAAUUAGAGGUCUGAAUUUGUUCAAUACCUUCCACAAUUCCCAACCUCAAGGAUUUGGUCCAUAAAGCUCAAAUAUUUGGGUACCAAAAUGUUCCAUCAAGGAUCUACAGAUUCGAACCAAACCGGAUUAAACCGAAUUGGCGAGUCUACGGCACGUGAAGGAAACGCGCCACGUUUCAAAAACUGGUUUUGGGGGUACUUUCGUAAUUUACAGAACCAGGGUUUUAGGAGAGUCAAAAAACCCAGGAAGAAGAAGAAGAAGAUCGACAUGGAAGUAUUGGACUUAAAACACCAAACCAUGGAAACGUUUCUGCGUUGGGCAGCAGAGAUUGGCAUUUCAGAUUCCGUUGAUUCUCCUCGAUUUCGCGAUUCGUGUCUCGGCCAUUCUCUUUCCGUCGCCGACUUCCCUGACGCCGGCGGGAGAGGUUUGGGAGCUGUUCGUGAGCUCAAGAAAGGAGAAUUGGUUUUGAAAGUCCCCAAAAACGCAUUGAUGACUACAGAAUCCAUAAUUGCUAAAGAUCGGAAAUUGAAUGAUGCUGUUAAUAUCCAUGGAUCACUCUCUUCGACUCAGAUACUGAGUGUAUGCUUAUUGUAUGAAAUGGGCAAGGGGAAGAGUUCUUUUUGGUAUCCAUACUUGGUGCAUUUACCUCGUGACUAUGAUCUCUUGGCCACAUUUGGGGAAUUCGAGAAGCAAGCUUUACAAGUUGAAGAUGCUGUUUGGGCUACAGAAAAAGCCAUAGCCAAGUGUCAGUCUGAGUGGAAGGAAGUUGGUUUGUUGAUGAAGGAAUUAGAGCUUAAGUCAAAGUUUCGGAGUUUCCAAGCAUGGCUCUGGGCUUCUGCAACGAUAUCUUCACGGACAUUGCAUGUACCAUGGGAUAGUGCUGGGUGUUUGUGUCCUGUAGGGGACUUGUUCAACUACGAUGCUCCUGGAGAUGAUUCGAAUACCUCAGAAGGUCCUGAGAGUGCUAAUGACGUAGAGGAAGCAGGACUUGUUGUUGAGACACACUCUGAAAGGCUCACAGAUGGUGGAUUCGAGGAAGAUUUCAAUGCUUAUUGUCUUUAUGCAAGAAGGAAUUAUCAGCUAGGAGAACAGGUUCUUCUAUGUUAUGGGACUUACACGAAUCUAGAGCUUCUCGAGCACUAUGGGUUUAUGUUAGAAGAGAACUCAAAUGACAAGGUCUUCAUUCCUCUAGAAACCAGCCUUUUUUCACUAGCUUCUUCAUGGCCUAAAGAUUCCUUAUACAUUCAUCAAGAUGGUAAGCCGUCUUUUGCGCUUGUAUCGACGUUGAGACUGUGGCUGAUCCCACAGAGCCAGCGUGACAAGUCAGUUAUGCGCCUUGUUUACGCUGGAUCUCAGUUAUCUGUGAAGAAUGAGAUUCUAGUCAUGAAGUGGAUAUCAGAGAAAUGUGGAAGUGUUUUAAGGGAUCUGCCAACUUCUGUCCCAGAAGACACUCUGCUUCUUCAUAACAUUGACAAACUCCAAGAUCCAGAAUUGCGUUUGGAGCAGAAAGAAACAGAAGCUUUUGGCAGUGAAGAUGCUGAGCACAUGGAGGUUGUCUGUGCAGUGGAGGCUACGCUACAAGAGAACUCUUGCAGAUUGCAUCUCUUAUUGUAGUGAGAAAAUGAAUAAUCUCUCAUGUA